AUGCCUCGACCAAACAACGAACAGCUUGAGAAAGCACUCGCCAAAGAUCCGCCAACUCCACCAGCUUUGCCGACGUUACCACCACCACCACCGAACCCGCCUGUUUUGCCUGAGCAACAAAAACGCAAUCGUGAUGACCGAGCACCAGAAAAUUAUGCUCCCAAGGCAAGGAAACAUGUCAACAUGAUAAUGGGAGCCAUUGAAGCUUGCAGCUACUCGGUUCGAGCUAUCAAAGAAUACAGUCGACAAGCCGCUAGCGCACCCAAAGCCCCACAAGAUCCGCCGAAAGGGACGCCUUUGGUAUUUACCGAAGCCGACACGAUCGGGUUGCAUAAACCGCAUAACGAUGCUCUCGUUGUCGAGCUACUCCUCGACGAUGUCGAAGUUAGCCACAUUCUGGUCGAUACAGGUAGUUCGGUUAACAUUAUCUUCAAGGAAGCACUUGACCAGCUCGAGUUGGCAUCAGAUAGGAUUGAGCCGUUUAUCGAGCCACUCACCGGUUUCGAUGGAGAACGUUGUAUGACGGUCGGCAUGGUCAAUAUUCCGAUCAACCUCGGCGGAGUCGCAAAGAUUAUCCAGUUCCUUAUCCUCGACAAACCGGCGAUCUACAACGCUAUUCUCGUCUCCAUCGAUGAACUAAGGCCAGAGCGUCAAGUCGGGAUAGGUGCCGAACUCGACCCGAACAUCCGCGAGCCACUCGUCCACUUUCUGAAACAACACUCGUCAACUUUCGCUUGGUCGGUAGAGGAUAUGCCCGGGAUCGAUCCACAGAUCGAACUCAACAUCGAUCCGACGUAUAAGCCAAUCAAGCAGAAAUGCCGAAAGCUCGGACCGGAGAAAGCACAGGCUGUCAACGACGAAGUUGAGCGCUUGCUCAAAGCAGGAUCCAUCACCGAAGUAAAGUACCCUGAUUGGUUAGCAAACCCCGUGGUCGUAAAGAAGAAGAAUGUGGAAGCAACUGCCGGAAACGAACUACUCUCGUUUAUGGACGCAUUCUCCGGGUACAAUCAGAUUCUUAUGCAUCCGCAAGAUCAGGAGAAGACGUCGUUCAUCACGGACCGCGGCAUCUACUGCUACAAGGUCAUGCCCUUCGGCCUGAAGAACGCUGGAGCAACGUACCAGCGACUGUAUGGUAUGAAGCUUAAUCCCACUAAGUGUACGUUCGGCGUGACAUCUGGAGAGUUCUUCGGAUACAUCGUUACACAGCGAGGCAUUGAAGCUAAUCCAAAACAGAUCGCAGCUAUUCUCGAGCUCCCAUCGCCGACAACCAAACGCAAAGUUCAGCGACUCACCGGACGUAUCGCAGCACUUAAUCGAUUCAUAUCCAGAUCGACGGACAAGUGCUUGCCUUUCUACCAACUUCUUCGCGGUAACAAGCAUCUCGAAUGGAAUGAGAAGUGUGAAGAAGCCUUCGCCGAGCUAAAGAAAUACUUGUCCACUCCGCCAGUCUUAUCUAAACCUGAAACCGGCGAGACACUCUAUCUUUAUAUCGCGAUUUCGGAGUUCGCAGUCAGUAGUGUACUUGUUCGAGAAGAUCGUGGCGAGCAGAAGCCAAUUUUCUACACAAGCAAAUCCCUCGAUGGAUCGGAGUAUCGUUAUCCGACUUUGGAGAAAUUCGCCUUUGCCGUGGUUAUUUCUGCAAGGAAAUUACGCCCGUAUUUCCAAUCUCAUGCGAUCGUGGUCCUAACCGAUCACCCUCUUCGAACUUUCCUCCAUAGCCCAAGUCAGUCCGGACGACUCGCCAAGUGGGCCAUCGAACUCAGUGAAUACGAUAUCGAAUACCGAGGAAGAACUGCAACGAAGUCUCAAGUCCUAGCAGAUUUCUUGGUUGAACUCCCACCGGAGCUCGUCGAAGCUAAUCCAGUCAUACAACCCUGGAUCCUUCACGCCGACGGUUCCUCGUCCCAUAAAGGAUCCGGAGUCGGAAUUCGUCUCAAAUCACCUGAAGGAGAAGUUAUCGAGCAGUCAUUUCGACUAGGCUUCCCGGCGUCCAACAACGAAGCCGAGUACGAAGCAUUGAUUGCCGGACUACGACUUGCCAAAGGUAUCGGCGCCGAGCACAUACACGCCUACUGCGACUCUCAACUCAUGGCUAACCAGUUUCACGGCGAAUACGAGGCCAAGAACGACCGCAUGGACGCAUAUCUCAAAGUCCUUAAGGAUGUUGCUUCGGAGUUCUCUACCUUCGAGCUUACAAAGAUACCUCGAGAUGAGAAUGCAACUGCCGACACCUUAGCCGUUCUCGCUACUAAUUCUGAUCCUGACCUUCGGCAAACUAUCCCAAUUGCAGCAAUCGAGCGACCAAGUAUCGAGCCCGCUCCGAACUCCAACAUCAUUACAAGACGACGUGAUUACGAAGCCCAACCCAAUCUCGCUCCACCCCUCACCCGGAAGACGAAACCCAAAGAGAUCGUUUCCGAUCCCAACAACGACACGGACGAGCUCAAUGAUAACGAAUCCGAUCCCAAAGACGAAUCCGAAGGCCAGCAUGUUCCAAUCGAUAUCGAAGCAGAAGGAGAGGACAAACCUGAGGAUUGGACCUUAGAAAUCGUGGGAUACAUCGGAGACGGAACAGUUCCUGCAGAUAAAUGGGCAGCUCGGCGCCUUAAAGCUCGCGCAGCUCGAUAUGUGGUUAUUAAAGGUACUCUUCUCAGAUGGGACGCUUCUGGUGUACUCUUGACUUGCGUUCAUGGCAACGACAUCAUGGAAGUAAUGCAGAAGGUUCUUGAAAGAGACGGAGGAUAUCACUCCGGAGCUCGGUCUUUGGCGUUCAAGAUCAAAAAAGCCGGCUAUUACUGGCCUACUAUGCUUUCUGACUGCGAAAAGUAUACAGCACGCUGCGAGAAGUGCCAACGUCACGGCCCGAUGAUCAAUCUUCCCACCGAGCUCUUGAUGACGUCUACCGCACCAUAUCCUUUCAUGCGCUGGGCAAUGGACAUCAUCGGUCCUUUUCGCCGAUCUACAACUCAGAAGCAAUAUGUUCUGGUCGUCACGGAUUACUUCACCAAAUGGGUCGAAGCCGAAGCAUACCCCAAGAUUCAUGGAAUCGAUGUCAAGAAGUUCGUCUGGAAGUUCAUCAUCUGCCGACACGGAGUCCCGUACGAGAUCGUUACGGACAACGGAACCCAUUUCACUUCGAUCAUUUUCACAGAUUUUUGUGCCAAGUGGAAGAUCUGA